AUGGCUCGAGGACUCGAGACUAUGGCAAUUAAAGUAGUCAUCGCUAACUUCUCCAGGGCCACAGACCUGACUCGUAAGCCAUCAUCAUCUCAUGAAAGCAAAGAUCAGCAUUCACCCAGAGACGACUCCAUUGGUAACGCAUCAGGUAUCGCCAUCACCAAUGUACCUGGCUCUACAGUCUAUCAAGAAACGCAGAAACCAGAGCGAGAAAUACCAGUGAAAGUGAUGUUAGCAGGCGACGUGCGCUCCUUCGCACUGCUCUUACUUGAAAUGAUCGCCUGGUUGAAAAUGAUCCGAGUGCCUGAGGACGGACAAAUGGCCGGCAGCUCCAAAUCAUGGACUCUGGACCGCAGCCUCAAACGGCUUACCCGGGGCUGGACACUCGCUCCAUCCAACAGGGAGGCGUGGACAGACGACGAAGAUGCCCACGUCCAUAACAGGAAUCUGAGUAGCUCUAUGGACUCGUGUGGAAGUAGUACGGAUGAUAUUCUGUCAGAUAAUGGGCCAGCCAUACACUGCUGGGAGAACGCAGUGGCUGAUAUAAGAGAGAAGUGCCGGUGCCACUCCGUGGAGGAGUUUAACUCAUCCUCGUCCCCAGCCGAUCACCCAUCAUGGGAAGAGAUUGGAACCUACCCCAGGAGGACUAAACGGCACAAGCACUAUCCCACCGAAGAGUUCUCAAGUGAGAAGACAAUACAAAGUCAACAGCGAACUGGGACCAAGUACUCAAAGUCAGACUCGUCAAGUGGAAGCUCACAAAAGGAGCUUAGCAGUGGGUCUGCCACGAAGGAGGAGGCCAAGAGAAGCCUGGCCAAGAUGACUGAAGAUGGAAGUUGCUGCAUCGUCAACCCGUACUUUGACAUGAUGGCAUCAGAUGACGAACUCUCACCCAAGGAUAGUUUACCUUGCACCCCAAAACAAAGUGUAACAGUACAUGCACCUCCUGAAAGAAUAGUGACUGGGUCCGAGAAGAUCAGACCUGAGCCUACUCCAAAGAACGGCAGAAAGAAUUUGAAUCAUUGUUAUUCCAUGGAUGAAUCGAACUGUUCGAAAAGGGGAAGUUUAUGUAGCUUAGACAGUGGCAUUUCGUCGCACCAAAGUUCAAUGCGUAGUAGUGGUAGUGAUCCGCCAAACUCCAGAAAGGAAGACAUUAUGUUGCCAGGUUUUAAACCAAAGUCCCACCUGAUGAUGAAACGUCAACGGAUGCACCAACCAGAUAUGCAUGGUACUUUUGAAGCCUUCCCAGAGAACGAGGACGAUGGUGUCUUUGUUGCCAGCACAGGCGAGACACGCCCGGGGACAGGGCAACAUGUUGAGACCUGGGUAGAGAAUCACACAGUGCCGAACGGUCACUACAAACAAAAUAUCAUGGUAGAAAGGACUCAGAUGGUCAAGCCGAGGCUUCCACAAACUCUUGAAGAAUCUGAACUUCCUACUCCAGAUAAACAAACAUUAGGAGCAGUAAAUAAACUCCAAAACGGUGACUUGAAAGAGCAAGUUGAUAAAGACAACAAAAGAACAGAAUCACCAAACGGUGACGUUGUGAACGGGGAAAAGGGCAAUAGUAAAACCAAGGUAACUGUAGCACGAUCUGCCAGUUCACUCUCGCAGUUUUAUGUGAGGAAGCGAGCUCCACGCCCGCACAAUAUAACCAUCGUUCCUGGCAGCACAGCAACCCUUCCCGUGAGCAUGCAGAGACGAAGCAUCCAUGCUCCGGACAGUCCUAGACUGUUGGACAUGGGACGAGGAAGGCCCAGCUCCUGCCACGGUCAGGUAGCCUGUAAUAAAAGUAACUCAUUGGACAGUAAAGAUUCUGCCUCUCGUAUGUGUUGUGCUCACAGCCAGUGCCCGUCAGAGAAUCAAGCAUCAUGUCCAUCUGCCAAUGGCACCUUGCAGCGGCAAUCCCGAAGCCUUGAAGACCAAUGCGUGUGCCAGUCACCCUCUGCUGUAGCCAGGUCAGGUCAGGUAGUUCAGACCAACACCGACCCGUCACACUGCAUUCCAGCUUCCAUCCGGAAGCUCCACCGUCAAGACGCCAUCUUGGAAUCCAUAAGUGAGUCUUCACGCAUCAACCACUCAUCGAGGAGCUUUGAAGAUCAGAUGCAGCCGAAGAGGCAGAGCGUCCGGAAGAAGGUAGCCGGCUCGAAGAGGACCCCAACAUCGGGGAUAACCCAGCAACAUGUGAACUUUUGUCAGGAACUGCAAGCCUUGUUACCGUGUCUACCGAAGGUGGUUCUUGGUUUCUGGUGGAAACAGCAGGGAUGUGGCCAGGCAGUUCUUCAGUGGAUUGACUCCAUCAAGGACUAUGACGGGUGUCUUUAUAACCAGCUGAUCAACAUCUUGGAGUCUUGUUGGUCUAAAGAGCCCGCUCUCAGCUCUUCGGAAGUUCAUCUCAUGCUUGACAAUUGCCUAACAGAAGUAGCUCUCUGAGAAGCAAGUUUCCAUUUUGUUUUUCAAGUAAAAUAAUAUUUUGUAAAGUUGACUUGAGUUCAUGACAUCUGAGCGGAGAUUUUAAAGCAACCGGAGCAACGUACUUGGUUAUCGUUGGAUUAUUAAUACAUAGUGCAAGAUGUACAUACAUUAUGCUAUCUUUCUAUACAACAUAUGGAUUGUACAGUGCUGCUUCAUUUACACUUCGCAACAGUGAAGGCAGUGGACAUUAUUGGUAAUUACUCAAAAUAAAUGUUAACAUUAAAAACAUUUUUUAGGGUAUAACGAGCAAUGACAGUAUAAAACAUUGUGAGAAACGGCUCCCUCUGAAGAAGGGCAAUUUCUCACUGAAAUGUUAAAAGACCUGAGGCCCUUUUGGGGGGCAUUUGAAAGUGCGCACACUUGAACAACAGUGGUGUUUUUCAUUCAUUAUUCUGUUGCAACUUCAAUGACCAAUUGAGUUCAAAUUGUCACAGAUUUGUUAUGUUAUGCACUUUAUUAUGUUUGCGAUACACCACUGUGAAUACUGGUUUUUGACAUUUAUUUUACUAAACGUGUCCAGUGCCUUUAAUAUUUUACAUCAAAUGAGUGACUUUGGGACUCAUUGUACAUCACAAGCAUUGUGUAUACGUUGUGUAUGGCAAACGAUUCCUGGAAACAUUAAACUUCAUUGGCAGAUUUGAUUUCCCCUUUUCGAAAAGAGAUGACUUAUUAAAGGAAAAUACAUCAACGCACUUCACUGAUGUUAAUGCGUAUUGUGCUUGCCUGUGGAUGCUAGUCUUUGUCUCAAGGCUGUUGACUAAUCAAGAUAAAUGAUUAAUGCUUCUCUCGGGGAUAGUUUUGCCUGCUUCUUUAUUGUUAUAGCCUCGUAGUAACGUUUACUGACGAUGGCCAACGGUAAUGCCAUCUCGCAUCAGCAUAAUCACAUGUGCACAGCUUUUGGUCACAGAGCAAACUAUAUUGAAUCAAAACAUUUCAGUAAAUUUGAACUUAAGUAAACUUUAUUUAACAAAUUCAAUUCAAAAGGUUGUUUGAACUAUUGAAUUGCUGCUUGGUUUUGAUUAAAAAUACGCAAAGCAUAUAAGGUGGUUAUGUUGUUUAAGACUAAUGUAAAGAUAAUGCUGGGUCGAAACAACAUGCCAUUUUGUUUUGUGGUUGUCAUUUCGGUUGGUAAGCAGACAGCUAACCUGGGUUUUUUCAACAACAGAAAUCCAAACAUCCUUGAGGCUUUUGGAAGUAAUGAAAAUGAGAGUUUCGGUAUAAAUUGUUUUGUAAAACUCUGCUAAUUUCAAGAGGUUUUGGUAAAACCUCUCGCCUGUUUUUGGGGGAGUGUUUUGUUCUGUGUGUGCAAUUUCUUUAGAUCCAACAAAUGCUGUGUACCUUCUAGGUAGGCAGGAUCUCAAAUAGUCGGAGUAGGAAGGUACAUAUGCCUACGUGGGACUAAUUCAAUGCUCGUAGUUCAACACUCAAAGCCGAUUCCAUUUUGACAAUACACUACAUGGUCAUAACCUUUGGAUAAUACAAUAGUCACUCUGUUGGCAUGGAGAUUGGCCAUUGUGUGCCAUGUGCGCGGGGUUCUCCAUAAAGACGUACAGGAUCCAAGCACAAGUGUUUGAUGAAUGUCAGCCGAACAUAUUUACCAGAAGAUGGAGUUGUGAUAUUUGAAGGGAUUGUUGCGUGGGUUAUGUCUGACUCCACGCAGAAAUGUGAUUCUUGGGAGGAAACUAUAAAUAUUUAUAGUACACUUGGGGGGAUCAGCAACCAUGUGCAACUCUCCCACAAAAGCGGUUUAGCACAUGGUUGUGGUAUGUAUGCAUAGCUUCAAACAAUCCACCUGAAAGGCAGUGAACACUAUUGGUAAUUACUCAGAAUAAUUAUUAGCAUAAAACCUUUCUUGGUGACAAGUAAUGGGG